UCCCUCUUCUCUUACCUCCUCCAAAACCAAUCAAACCAACGAACUUCACUGACACCCUUGCCCUCUCUCUCUACUCAAUUUAAUGUCCAUACUUUUGAUCCAUUCAAUCAAAAACUUCUCCCUCUAAAUCUUAGUAACAACUAUACACACACCAUUUCUUUUCUUCAAUUAGGGUUAGGGUUUGCAGAAAGUCCCAAUCUAUUGAACCGUUUAUUCGACAAUCAGAUUUGAUCUUGUUAGGGUUUUUCGUUGUCACUUCUUCGAGACAUGAAGAUUCAUCCAGCGCCAAAUAAUCGGAACAUCACGUUGCUAUACGAUAUCGGUUCACUCGCUUGCAGGCAAAGGAAGCUCCGAAGACUCCCUCACAUAUUCGCCAAGGUCCUCGAGCUUCCUUUCCACUCAGACGCCGACGUUUUGGUCGAAGAAGCCUCCGAUUUCUUCCGAUUCGUUGUUACCACCGACGAUAUCGGCGAAGACAUCAGGGCCCACACAAUUGAGAUCUAUCCCGGGGUCACAAAGAUUGUGAUCAGAGGAACCAACGUUCUUGAUUUGUCAAUGGAUGAAUUGGAGAUCGAUUACUGGCGGUUUCGGCUUCCGGCGUCCACGCUGCCGGAGUUCGCCACCGCCGAGUAUAUCCAUGGAGAGCUCGUCGUGACGGUGCCCAAAAAUGGGAAUUUUGUGGAUUCCGAUGGUGAUGAUAAUGGAAAUCGGAAUCAAGAAGAUGUUUGGGGGGAAGGGAAUGGCAACAUCGGAGCGGGACGGCUGGUUCUUGUACAGUAAUAAAUACGCCUCCGUUGCUUUCAAUUCAUGUUUGUUCUUUUAUUAGGUUCAAUUGUAGUUGAAUUUGACCACGGAAUCAAGAAUUUCCUUUUGUCUUUCUUUAUUUA